AUGCCGCCGGCGCCGGCUCCGCGGAAGAAGCGCCUGGUCCGCGCGGGCCUCCUCGUCGCCGCGGCCGGGUACUUCUCCUUCGUGCUCCUCUUCGAGCUCCCCUUACUGCCCUUCCUGGCGUCGUCCUCCCCCGCCGCCGCCACCUCCUCCUCUCUCCCCUUCCAGCACCCGCGCCGGCGGGAGCUGGAGGCCGCGGCGGCGGCGUUCACGUCCCCGUUCUCCCCCGCCCGCCCCUCCAAACCAGCCUUCCCCGCCGCCGCCGCACCGGGCCCGGGCUCCGCGGCGCCGCGGCUCCCGAUCUUCUCGUCCCUCCUCCUCCUCCUGCGGCCCAACGCCACGGCCACCCCCUUCGACACCACCGCCGCCGACGCCUUCGCCGCGGCCAAGCCGCACCUCGCUCACCUCCAGGCCACGCCCAACCCCGCCUCCACCUCCGCGUCCGCGCCCGCGUCGUCGUCGUCGCCGCCGACCUGCCCCGCGUCCAUCUCCGUGCACCGGGAGCAGCUCCCCUACGACGGCGUCCGCGUAGUGGAGCUCCCCUGCGGGCUCGCGGUGGGCUCCCACGUCACCGUGGUGGCCCGGCCCCGCCCCGCCCGCCCCGAGUACGACCCCAAGAUCGCCGAGCGCAAGGACGGGGAGGCCGCCGUCAUGGUGUCGCAGUUCAUGGUCGAGCUGGUGGGCACCAUGGCCGUCGACGGGGAGGCGCCGCCCAGGAUCCUGCACUUCAACCCCAGGAUCCGCGGGGACUACAGCCGGAAUCCUGUCAUCGAGAUGAACAGCUGCUACCGGAUGCAGUGGGGGCAGUCGCAGCGCUGCGAGGGCUUCGCCUCCCGCCCCGCCGAGGACACCGUUGACGGGCAACUCAAGUGUGAGAAAUGGAUUCGCGACGAUGACAACAAGUCAGAGGAAUCAAAGAUGAAAUGGUGGGUGAAACGUUUGAUUGGCAGACCAAAGGAUGUCCACAUCAGUUGGCCAUACCCAUUCACAGAAGGCAAGCUAUUUGUUAUGACUUUGACAGCUGGUUUGGAAGGCUACCAUGUCAAUGUUGAUGGGCGGCAUGUUGCUUCAUUUCCUUACCGCACUGGGUUUGUGCUGGAGGACGCUACAGGCCUGUCACUGAAUGGGGACCUCGAUGUGCAUUCAGUGAUUGCAGGGUCUUUGCCCACUACACACCCAAGCUUUGCGCCGCAGAAUUAUCUGGAGUUUUCUACUGUUUGGCAGGCCCCUCCGCUGCCUGAUGAGCCAGUUGAGAUUUUCAUUGGCAUCCUGUCAUCAGCCAAUCAUUUUGCUGAGCGUAUGGGUGUGAGGAAGACAUGGAUGUCUGCUGUCCACAAGUCACCAAACAGGGUGGCUCGUUUUUUCGUUGCACUGCAUGGCAGAAAGGAAGUGAAUGUGGAGCUGAAGAAGGAAGCUGAAUUUUUUGGUGACAUUGUUUUUGUGCCCUACCUGGACAACUAUGAUCUUGUUGUUAUGAAGACUCUUGCAAUAUGCGAGUAUGGGGUUCAUGUUGUCUCUGCUAAAUAUGUAAUGAAGUGCGAUGAUGAUACUUUCGUGAGAAUUGAUUCAGUAGUCACUGAAAUUAAGAAGGUACCAAGUGGGAGAAGUCUUUACAUGGGGAGUAUGAAUGUACAACACAAGCCGCUACGCCAUGGGAAAUGGGCCGUGACUUAUGAGGAGUGGCCAGAAGAGGUGUAUCCGUCAUAUGCGAAUGGCCCUGGAUAUGUUAUAUCAUCUGAUAUUGCUGAAUUUAUCAUGUCAGAAUUCAUGAAGCAAAAGUUGACGGUACAAUCUUAUAUUUUCCUCUUGAGAAAAUAUCCUCCGUAG